GCAGCGCCAGCGCGAGUGCAGCACAGCAGGCACAGGGAAGGGGACAACCACGAGCGCCUAAGAUCCCGUCCUCCCCGUCGAGAUCUUUGCCGAGGCGGUGACCGUCGAGGGAUCGCCAUGGCGCUGAGGGCGUCCCCCGUGUCGCAUGGCGCCGCGGCAGCGCCGCUGCCGCCGUUCGCGCGGAGGAGGAUGGCCCGUGGGGUGGUGGUGGCCAUGGCGUCCACCAUCAACAGGGUCAAAACUGUCAAAGAACCCUAUACUCCUCCACGAGAGGUACAUCGCCAAAUUACCCAUUCACUACCACCUCAGAAGCGGGAGAUUUUUGAUUCACUUCAACCUUGGGCCAAGGAUAACCUAUUGAACCUACUGAAGCCAGUUGAAAAGUCAUGGCAGCCACAGGACUUCCUACCAGAGCCUUCUUCUGAUGGAUUUUAUGAUGAAGUUAAAGAACUGAGGGAGCGGGCAAAUGAAAUACCUGAUGAGUACUUUGUUUGCUUAGUUGGUGAUAUGGUUACCGAGGAAGCCUUACCUACCUAUCAAACAAUGCUUAACACCCUUGAUGGAGUCCGGGAUGAAACUGGUGCAAGUCCAACCACGUGGGCGGUUUGGACAAGGGCAUGGACAGCUGAAGAGAAUAGACAUGGUGACCUCCUUAAUAAGUAUAUGUACCUUACUGGACGGGUUGACAUGAAACAAAUUGAGAAGACCAUACAGUAUCUGAUUGGUUCCGGAAUGGAUCCUGGAACUGAGAACAACCCAUACUUGGGUUUCCUUUACACAUCAUUUCAAGAAAGAGCAACAUUUGUAUCGCAUGGGAAUACUGCAAGGCAUGCCAAGGAGUAUGGUGAUCUCAAGCUGGCCCAGAUAUGUGGUACAAUAGCAGCUGAUGAAAAGCGCCAUGAAACAGCCUACACCAAGAUAGUCGAGAAGCUCUUUGAGAUUGAUCCUGAUUACACAGUGCUUGCAUUUGCUGACAUGAUGAGGAAGAAGAUCACAAUGCCUGCUCAUCUCAUGUACGAUGGCAAGGAUGACAACCUGUUUGAGCACUUCAGUGCAGUGGCGCAGAGGCUGGGCGUCUACACUGCUAAAGAUUAUGCUGACAUCCUUGAGUUCUUGGUCCAGAGGUGGAAAGUUGCAGAUCUCACUGGGCUGUCUGGAGAAGGGAGAAGGGCACAGGAUUUCGUCUGUACCUUGGCACCUAGAAUCAGGCGAUUGGACGAAAGAGCUCAAGCAAGGGCGAAGCAAGCACCAGUUAUUCCUUUCAGUUGGAUUUAUGACCGCAAGGUGCAGCUUUAAUCGAGAACACUAGGCAAUGUGGGCACUUACUAUAUCAUUUUCAGUCCUGGGGUUCUCUAUAAGAAACAGUCUUUAGGUUAUUUAGCAGGGUAAAAUUCGACUACUUAUGGAUCUCACUUGCGCAAAGUAUGCUAUCUGUUUUCGUGCAAGUUGCAAAGUUUGGAUUACUAUGUGGUCCUGGUGGAGAAGACUUCUGUGGGGUGCCUGCUGCCAGUUACGAAUGGUGACUCCAUCGCAACUGAGUGAACUUGUGUUGUAUUCAAAUAUGUUACAGGACUUAUAGUUUCAAAGUAAUAACUAUAUGGAGUUUGUAUAUGGACAAGCUUGCUUUGAUGCAUGAUGAGAAUCUAAAGUUAGUAUUUUUGUGUUGGUUUUC